AUCACCUGGCCUUAAUGCCGCUAUGGUCACAAUGCUAGGCCGUUCUUAUUAUACGUCAGUGUGCUGGGCAGGGUUUGGGAAUUAACGGGCGUACUGUUGCAGUUAUUUUAAUCGCUUCGAUCAAAACAGUGAUUUAUCGACUAAACUUCAGGCCUCGGCCUCAAGGUGGAGCAGAACAAAGUAGGUGGUGGGGCAGGAAGGCCUAGCCCCCCCAUCCUGACAAGAGGCCAGCCCCAGCUUCUGCUCCAGUAGCCCAUAUCCUCUUGAGGAGCAAGCAGGGACCAUGAGCACAGGCAAACCCAGUGGAAUCAAGCCUCCCAGCAAGAUAAGCAGGCCAACUGGAUUACCGACACGCACCUCCCCUUCCUCUACUGCUCCAAAGCCUGUUCCUCCUGAGAAGUCUCCCACCCAGGAUGGAGAAAUGGACUACCAGGUGGGGGAGAAGGUGUGGGUCAACGGCAACAAGCCAGGAUAUGUCCACUUCCUGGGGGGAACGCAGUUUGCCCCAGGCCAGUGGGCUGGCAUCGUCCUGGAUGAGGCCAUCGGAAAGAAUGACGGGUCGGUGGCGGGGGUCCAGUACUUCCAGUGCGAGGAUGGCAGAGGAAUAUUCACACGCCCCUCCAAGCUGACCAAGACGGCUAUGCCAGAGAUGGAGGCCAACUGUGGGCAGUCUAACCCUGGCGAGACAGGGGCAAACUCCCCUACCACUGCUGCUGCUGGGGCUGCUAAUACCACUGGUAACAGCACCAAGACACCGCUGAGCAGAACCAUGACGGGCAGCGGGUCAGUGUCCAACCUCUCUGAGACAGACUCAGCCAAGAAGACCAGAAGAGAAUUGAGACUGGGAGACCGCGUGCUGGUGGGGGGUAAUAAGUCGGGGGCAGUGAGGUUCAUGGGGGAGACAGAGUUUGCCAAGGGGGAGUGGUGUGGAGUGGAGCUGGACGAACCACUUGGGAAGAAUGAUGGAGCCGUGGCUGGAUCCAGGUAUUUCCAGUGUCUGCCGCGGUACGGCCUGUUUGCGCCGGUCCACAAGGUGAGUCGUAUCGGCUUCCCCAGCACCCUGGCUAAAGCCAAGGACUCCUCGCGGAGACGCUCCACCAUGAAGAGGAGUCCCAGCGCCUCCUCCUUGAGCUCCCUGAGCUCUGUCACCUCCUCUGUCAGUGGGAAACCCAGCCGCACUGGCCUGCUGACCGAGACCUCGUCGCGGUAUGCUCGUAAGAUCUCUGGCACUACAGCGCUACAGGAAGCCCUGAAGGAGAAGCAGCAGCACAUCGAGCAGCUAUUGGCCGAGAGGGACAUGGAACGCGGGGAGGUCGCCAAGGCAACCAGCCAUGCUGGGGAGGUGCAGCAGGAACUGUCACUGCUCACGAAGGUACAGGGGCAGUAUGCUAUGGAGAUGGAGGCUAAGCUAGAUCAACUGCGUGAACUGGUGGAGACAGCAGACAGAGACAAGGUGGAGCUGCUGAACCAACUGGAGGAAGAGAAGAGGAAAGUGGAAGACCUGCAGUUCACUGUGGAGGAAGCUUGCAUCACUAAAGGUGACCUAGAGACGCAGACCAAACUGGAGCAUGCCCACAUUAAGGAGCUUGAGCAGAGCCUUCUGUUUGAAAAGACCAAAGCUGACAAACUGCAGAGGGACUUAGAGGACACUAGGGUGGCCACAGUGUCUGAGCGGUCUAGGAUCAUGGAGCUGGAGAGAGAGGUAGUGGAGCUGCAGUUGAGACUACAGUCCUCCCAGGAGACAGAGGGCGCUGUGUCGCUAUCACCAGAGGAGCUCAGCGACCUCAAGGCCCGGUCCCAGUCCCAGGAGAAGAAGAUCUGCGAAAUUAGUGUGGAGCUGGACAACAGGCAGGAACAGCUUCGCUCUGUGGAGGAGGACAAAAUCUCCCUGGAACAGCAGCUAACCAGCCUGAGACAGAAACUGGAUGCUGCAGAGAAAGACAACAAGACGAUGGCACAAACCAUGCAUGAGCUGGAGAAGAGAGUGGAGCAGGAGGGAAAAGAGAGGGAGGCACAGAGAGAAGAGAACCAACGCAAAGAGAAAGAGCUUCAGGAUAGACUGACGCAGACUGCAGAGUCAUCAGAGAGGACCACCCACUCCGUGGAGCAGCUGACCAAUGAGAAGACAGCGCUGGAGGCUCAGCUCGAGGCGCUGAAACAGCAGAAUUCCAAAUUCCAGGAAGAACUCAGUCUCUCGCAGGAGCGGAGCAGCACGCAAAACCAGCGCAUCGGAAAUCUGUGCAAGGAAAUUGAGGAACUGAAGCUGAACAGUCAUAAGUCUCAGUACCAGCAAGACAUGAAAGACAGGGAAACUCUAUCCAACCAGGAGACAGGGGAGGAGAGAAACUUCCAGAAGACAGAUAAGGACAAGGAGCUGGAGACUCUGAGGAAUGAGAUUGUGGUGCUGCGAGGUGAGAACGUCAUGGCCAAGACGCUGCAGUCUGCCGUUGAGGCGCUGGAGAGAGACAAGGCCCAACUACAGGGAUGUGUCACCAGCCUGGAGCAGAGGCUCAUGGGACAGCAGGCCUCCAAGGGAGGGGACAGUGGAAUGCCUUCCUCAGGUGAUGCAGUUCUGGACCAGCUGAGAGAAGAGAAGGACUUUGCAGAGGGACAGAUUAACUUCCUGAACAGUGUGAUUGUGGACCUGCAGAGGAAGAACGAGGAGUUGAAGGUGAAGUUGAAGAAGAUGGUUCUGGCUGAGUUCAACGGCAAUGACGGCACUGACGGUUUGGAAGAGUGUGGAUCUAAGAAGGACAAGAAGGCUCCUCCUCGUCUGUUCUGUGAUAUCUGUGACUGUUUCGACCUCCAUGACACCGAAGACUGUCCGACCCAGGCCCAGAGCCCUGACUCAGUGCCCCACUCUUCCUUCAAGGGCAAGCCAGCCGACCAGCGGCCGUACUGCGACAUCUGUGAGGCCUUUGGUCAUUCCACAGAGUCCUGCCAAGAUGAUCAGACCUUCUAGACUCUCAUCCACAGUAUCCCACCCCUACCCUGCACAGACCGCCAAACACCGACCAGACUCCCUCUGGGUUUUUAUAUCGUAUUUAUGUAUGUCACUCACUAUCAUAGUCCCCUUAGGUAACUCUAAAUCCCCCGCUACCUAAGACUCUCCUAUGACUUAUACUACUUCCUCUCACAAACGUUUCUCUCCUCCCUCACCAACUCUCCUCUCCUCUCUAACUCUCCUCCCUCACCAACUCACCUUUCCUCGCUCUCCUCUCUAACUCUCCUUCCUCACCAACUCUCCUUUCCUC